AUGUGGCGUUUCAACCCUCCAGCCGCCCCGCACUUCGGAGGACUUCGAGAAGCAGCUGUCCGUUCUGUAAAAAAUCAUCUUCGUCGGGUAGUGGGAGAUACUUCUAUGACUUUUGGGAAAACGACAACCUUCCUCACGCAGAUGGAGACUUGUCUCAAUUUACGUCCGCUACAAGCUCAGAGCGAUGAUCCGAAUGAUAUGGUACCGUUGAUGACGAGUCAUUUCUUGAUAAGUUCUUCAAUCUUCACGGUUCCAGAACCUUCUCACAUCGACCUCAAGCAAAAUCGAUUACAAUGGUGGCAGCUUACCAGACAGAUGUAUGAAGAUUUCUGGACCAGAUGGUCCUAUGAAUAUCUACAAGGACUUUAA